GUUCAUUUACCUGACAUGAUAUUCUCAUUUCCCUGGAGUGGAGUCUGCAUCCUGCACUGAGGGCUGAAGAACUGCACAGCCAGAAGUCAAACCGAGGUCAGAGGUCAACCCGACUCCCAUCGACCCACCAGAGGCCGACCCAGUCGUCAGUACCGACCCAGACCCCACAGCCUCUGAAUCUGAGCCUGAGAUCGACUCGACUCCUGACGCUGAAACCUCCAACAUGGCUGACCCGGCCCCCGACGACAGCAAGUUCCUCUUCCUGGAUAACGACUUCCGCAACAGUGGGGUGGCGCAGGCGGAUUGGUCCGCCAAGAAGAUGGUGUGGAUCCCGUCGGAGAAGGAGGGCUUCGAGACCGCCAGCAUGAAGGAGGAUAAGGGGGACGAGGUGGUGGUGCAGCUCUCUAACGGUCAGAAGGUGACGGUGAACAAAGACGACAUCCAGAAGAUGAACCCGCCCAAGUUCAGCAAGACGGAGGACAUGGCCGCCCUCACCUUCCUCAACGAGGCCUCCGUCCUCCAGAACCUGCGGGAGAGAUACUUCUCCAGCCUCAUCUAUACAUACUCUGGUCUGUUCUGCGUGGUGGUGAACCCCUACAAGAUGCUGCCCAUCUACUCUGAGAAGAUCAUCGAGAUGUAUAAGGGCAAGAAACGCCACGAGGUGCCGCCGCACAUCUACUCCAUCACAGACAACGCCUACAGGAACAUGAUGCAGGACCGUGAGGAUCAGUCUAUUCUCUGCACAGGUGAGUCUGGAGCGGGGAAGACAGAAAACACCAAGAAGGUGAUCCAGUACCUGGCUGUGGUCGCAUCCUCGCACAAAGGCAAGAAGGACGCCAAUCCUCAGCCACAGCAGCCGCAGGCUGGAUCUCUGGCCUACGGGGAGCUGGAGAAGCAGCUGCUGCAGGCCAACCCCAUCCUGGAGGCGUUCGGAAACGCAAAAACCAUCAAGAACGAUAACUCCUCACGAUUUGGAAAGUUCAUCAAGCUCAACUUCGAUGUGACCGGAUAUAUUGUUGGGGCCAACAUUGAAACCUACCUGCUGGAGAAGUCUCGCUGUAUCCGGCAGGGGAACACAGAGAGAGCCUUUCACAUCUUCUACUACCUGGUGGCCGGGGCCAAAGACAAGCUGAAAGAGGAGCUCCUGCUGGAGGACUUCAGCGCCUACCGCUUCCUGGUGGCGGGACACGUGGAGAUCCCGGGUCAGGAGGACGACGAGAUGUUUCUGGAGACUCUGGAGGCCAUGGAGAUCAUGGGCUUCACCGAGGAGGAGAGGAUAGGGAUGAUGAAGGUGGUGUCCACCGUGCUCCAGCUGGGCAACGUCAAGUUUGAGAAGGACAGGAGCAGCGAGCAGGCCACCAUGUCCGACGACACCGCUGCACAGAAGCUGUGUCACCUGCAGGGCAUCAACAUCACCGACUUCACCCGCGCCAUCCUCAACCCCCGCAUCAAGGUGGGCCGCGAGGUGGUGCAGAAGGCGCAGACUAAGCAGCAGGCUGACUUUGCGGUGGAGGCUCUGGCUAAGGCGAUGUACGAGCGUCUGUUCCGUUGGAUCCUGGCGAGAGUGAACAAGACUCUGAACAAGAGCAAGAGGCAGUCGUCCUCCUUCCUCGGCAUCCUGGACAUCGCUGGCUUUGAGAUCUUUGAGGACAACUCCUUCGAGCAGCUGUGCAUCAACUACACCAACGAGCGGCUGCAGCAGCUCUUCAACCACACCAUGUUCGUGCUGGAGCAGGAGGAGUACAAGAGGGAGGGCAUCGAGUGGAACUUCAUCGACUUCGGACUGGACCUGCAGCCCUGCAUCGAGCUCAUCGAGAGGGCGAACAACCCCCCCGGUAUCCUGGCCCUGCUGGACGAGGAGUGCUGGUUCCCCAAAGCCACCGACGUCUCCUUCGUGGAGAAGCUGCUGAACACACACACCGGCCACGUCAAGUUCUCCAAACCCAAACAACACAAAGACAAACUGAUAUUUACUGUCAUGCACUACGCCGGCAAUGUUGAGUAUAACGCAGCCAGCUGGCUGACUAAGAACAUGGACCCUCUGAACGACAACGUGACGGCGCUGCUCAAAGUCUCCUCCAGCAACUUCAUCCAGGACCUCUGGAAAGAUGUGGACCGUGUGGUGGGACUGGAGACGAUGACCAAGAUGUCGGAGAGCUCAGCUCCCACUAAAUCUAAGAAGGGGAUGUUUCGCACGGUGGGUCAGCUGUACAAGGAGUCUCUGGGGAAACUGAUGGCCACGCUGCACAACACGCAGCCCAACUUCGUCCGCUGCAUCAUCCCCAACCACGAGAAGAGGGCGGGGAAGAUGGACUCCAACCUGGUGCUGGAGCAGCUCCGCUGUAACGGCGUGCUGGAGGGCAUCCGCAUCUGCAGGCAGGGCUUCCCCAACCGCAUCGUGUUCCAGGAGUUCAGACAGCGAUAUGAGAUUCUGGCUGCCAGCGCCAUCCCAAAAGGCUUCAUGGACGGGAAGCAGGCGUGCUGUCUGAUGGUGAAGCACCUGGACCUGGACCCCAACCUGUUCCGCAUCGGGCAGAGUAAGAUGUUCUUCAGGACCGGAGUGCUGGCCCAGCUGGAGGAGGAGCGCGACCUCAAACUGACCGUCGUCAUCAUCGCUUUCCAGGCACAAGCACGAGGCUUCCUGGCCCGCAAAGCGUUCAAUAAACGGCAGCAGCAGCUGACAGCGAUGAAGGUGAUCCAGAGAAACUGCGCCUGUUACCUCAAACUGAAGAACUGGCAGUGGUGGAGGCUCUUCACCAAGGUGAAGCCCCUGCUGCAGGUCACCAGACAGGAAGAGGAGAUGGGUCAGAAGGAUGAGGAGCUCAAGUCGGCGAAGGAGGUGGCGUUGAAGUCUGAGGCGGAGCUGAAAGACAUCUCGCAGAAACACACCCAGCUGAUGGAGGAGCGCACCCUGCUGGAGACGAAGCUCCAGGCGGAGACGGAGCUAUACGCCGAGGCGGAGGAGAUGAAGGUGCGGCUGGAGACCAAGAAGCAGGAGCUGGAGGAGGUGCUGCACGAGAUGGAGGCCCGGCUGGAGGAGGAGGAGGACCGCAGCCACGCCCUGACGCAGGAGAGGAAGGAGACGGAGCAGCAGCUGCAGCUGAUGGAGGCCCACAUAGCGGAGCAGGAGGACUCCUGUCAGAAGCUGCAGCUGGAGAAAGCGUCUGUGGAGGGGAAAGUGAAGAAACUGGAGGAGGACGUUCUGGUGACGGAGGACCAGAACAACAAGCUGCAGAAGGAGAGAAAGCUUCUGGAGGAGAGGAUGUCCGACAUGAACUCCAACCUGACCGAGGAGGAGGAGAAGUCCAAGAAUCUGACCAAACUCAAAACCAAGCAUGAGUCCAUGAUCUCAGACCUGGAGGUGCGUAUGAAGAAGGAGGAGAAGGGCCGUCAGGACGUGGAGAAGGCGAAGAGGAAGGUGGAGGCGGAGCUGGCCGACCUCCAGGAGCAGCACGCCGACCUGCAGAACCAACUGGCAGAGCUCCGAGCCCAGCUGGCCGCCAAGGAGGAGGAGCUGGAGGCCACGCAGGCCCGGCUGGAGGAGGAGUGUAAUCAGCGCGGCGCGGCGGUGAAGCGAGUCCGGGAGCUGGAGGCUCUUCUCUCAGAGCUGCAGGAGGACCUGGAGGCGGAGAGGGGGGCCCGGGGGAAGGUGGAGGCGGCCCGGAGGGAUCUGGGAGAGGAGCUGAACGCUCUCCGCACCGAGCUGGAGGACAGCCUGGACACCACCGCCGCACAGCAGGAGCUACGGGCGAAGCGUGAGCAGGAAGUGGCCCUGCUGAAGAAAGCCACGGAGGACGAGGGCCGGGGCCACGAGGCUCAGGUCCAGGACCUCCGACAGAAACACAGCCAGGCUGUGGAGGAGCUCAACGAGCAGCUGGAGCAGGCCAAGAGGGUGAGAGCGGGUCUGGAGAAGGCGAAGCAGGCUCUGGAGAAGGAGCAGGCGGACCUCAGCGCUGACCUGCGCUCCCUGGGCAGCUCCAAGCAGGACGUGGAGCACAAGAAGAAGAAGGUGGAGGCGCAGCUCAGCGACCUGAACGGACGCUUCAGCGAGAGCGAGCGGCAGAGGACCGAGCUGGGGGAGCGGGUCUCCAAGAUGACUAUGGAGCUGGACGGUGUGACCGGUCUGCUGAACGAUGCGGAGGGGAAGAACAUCAAGCUGAGCAAAGACGUCUCCAGUCUGUCCUCCCAGCUGCAGGACGCACAGGAGCUGCUGUCGGAGGAGACCCGUCAGAAGCUGAAUGUGUCGGGGCGUCUGCGUCAGAUGGAGGAGGACAGGAACAGCCUGAUGGAGCAGCUGGAGGAGGAGAUGGAGGGCAAGAGGGCCGUGGAGAGGCAGCUCUCCAGCCUCAGCAUGCAGCUGUCAGACUACAAGAAGAAGCUGGAGGAGGCGUCGGGGGCGGUGGAGAUGCUGGAGGAGGGGAAGAAGCGUCUGCAGCGCGACCUCGAGGCGGCCAACAGCGAGUACGAGGAGAAGGCGGCGGCCUACGAUAAGCUGGAGAAGAGUCGCAGCCGCAUGCAGCAGGAGCUGGAGGACGUGCUCAUGGACCUGGACGGACAGCGGCAGCUCGUCUCCAACCUGGAGAAGAGGCAGAAGAAGUUCGACCAGAUGUUGGCAGAGGAGCGCGCCGUGUCUUGUAAAUUUGCUGAGGAGCGUGAUCGGGCGGAGGCGGAGGUGAGGGAGAAGGAGACGCGGUUGUUAUCUCUGGCCCGGGCGCUGGAGGACAGCCAGGACGCUCUGGAGGAGGCAGAGAAGACCACCAAGGGUCUGAAGGCCGAGAUGGAGGACCUCAUCAGCUCCAAGGAUGACGUGGGAAAGAGCGUCCACGACCUGGAGAAGGCGAAGCGCGGCCUGGAGGCCAUGGCGGACGAGAUGAGGAUGCAGAUGGACGAGCUGGAGGACGAGCUGCAGGUCGCCGAGGACGCCAAGCUGCGUCUUGAGGUCAACAUCCAGGCUCUGAGGGUGCAGCAUGAGAGGGAGCUGCACGGCCGCGAUGAGCUGGGCGAGGAGAAGAGGAAGCAGCUCGUCAAACAGGUGCGAGAGCUGGAGUCGGAGCUGGAGGAGGAGAGGAAGCAGCGCGGCCAGGCCUCAGGCAGCAAGAAGAAGCUGGAGGGGGAGCUGAAGGACAUGGAGGACCAGCUGGAGGCCUCCAGCAGGGCCCGCGACGAGGCCGUCAAGCAGCUCCGCAAGAUCCAGGGCCAGGUGAAGGAUAUCCAGAGGGAACUGGAGGACUCUCGUGUGGCCCAGAAGGAGGUGCUGUCUUCAGCCAGAGAGUCUGAGCGCAGAACCAAGGCCAUGGAGGCCGACAUCGCCCAGCUGCACGAGAUGUUGGCAGCUGCGGAGAGAGCUCGUAAACAGGCGGAGACAGAAAGAGACGAGCUGGCUGAUGAGCUCACCAGUAACUCCUCUGGAAAAUCAAUGCUGUCUGAUGAAAAUCGCCGCAUGGAUGCAAAGAUCAUCCAGCUGGAGGAGGAGCUGGAGGAAGAGCAGGCCAACGUGGAGAGCCUCAAUGACCGGCUGAGAAAGAGCCAGCAGCUGGUGGAUCAGCUGGGUGCGGAGCUGGCAGUGGAGCGCUCCACCUCUCAGAGCAAGGAGGCGUCCCGGCAGCAGCUGGAGAGGCAGACCCGGGAGCUGAAGGCCAAGCUGCAGGAGGUGGAGGGCCAGGGCCGCUCCAAACUCAAGUCCUCCAUCACCGCCCUGGAGUUCAAACUGAGAGAGGUGGAAGAGCAGCUGGAGAUAGAGAGCAGAGAGCGUCAGUCCAACGCCAAGAAUCUGCGUCAGAAGGAGAAGAAACUGAAGGAUUUAACCAUCCAGAUGGAGGACGAGAGGAAGCAGGCGCAGCAGUACAAAGACCAGGCGGAGAAGGGCAACGUGAGAGUGAAGCAGCUGAAGCACCAGCUAGAGGAGGCGGAGGAGGAGGCUCAGCGCGUGGCGGCCGCUCGCAGGAAGCUGCAGAGGGAGCUGGAGGAGGCCAGCGAGGCCAACGACACGAUGAACAGAGACAUGGCCUCACUCAGGAGCAAACUGAGGCGUGGCAGCGGGGGGGAGGCGGUGUUCAGCAGCCCGAGCCCCCGCAGCAGCAGUGGAGGAGGAGGCAUGAGCAGCAUGAGGAGCCUGGGGCUGGGGGGGGGCCUCAGCCGGAGGAGCAUCAAGGAGAACUCGCUGGAUCUGCAGGAGGAGGAGCUUCCGUCACGCUCCCCGUCCCCCCCACUGGACCCCCGCGAGGAGUCCUACUCCCCCGACGAGUAGAGGCCCAGGAAUGUUUCCACACUUUUUAUUUAAAUUAUUUAUAAAGUUGCCUUAUAUUAUAACGUGAAAGAGAUAUUUGAAUAUCACAAUGGAUUUAUGUUGAAACUCUAGAGGUACUUACACAAACAAGUUGGCAAAAAGUAUAAUAAUAAUAAUAAUACAUAUUCACAACAAUAUUUUUUUUUUUCUAUGGCAGAACCUCUGCCAGAAAUAUUUUCACACAUUUAUUUUAAAUUAUUUAAAUAGUUUCCUUAUAUUAUAACUUGAACAACAAAUAAUUUGGAGUUAGGAAAAACAUGAUUUAUGAGUCAAAAGUAUCAAUUUGAACACGGUUGAAAGGACACAUCCAGGUCUGGUUUAGUUCAACACAAAUGUGCACAAAAUGAUCUUCAAAUUUUUUUAUGUGAAUUUAAUAUAUUGAAAAUGUCUUUAUAUUAAAUGUAGUUUAAAUAUUUAAAUGUCUAUUAUAUUUAUUUAUAAUGAUGCCACAGAGAAAAGUAACCUUUCCACACAAAAAUUAAUAUAUUACUCUCUAAUCUAGAAUACUUUUCUAAACAUUACAAUUAUUCUUAUAUAUCUAUUUCACAAUGAACACAUUUUUUUAUCCGUUUCUCAAUUUGCUGUAUUUUUCAUCCAGAUAACCAGAAAACAUGUGUUUGUAAAACACAAUGAAAACAUAUUGAACAAGAAAAGUCAAUAUAUUGUGAUUUAUACAUUUAAAAAAAAUGUUUUCAAGUUUUUAAAAUGUUGAUGAAUAUGAAAAAUUGAGAAAGGGUUCAAUCAUAUUUUUUAAGAAUGCAGCAAAAAAUAUAGUUUCUCAAUUGAAUAGCUAAAUAAAAAUAAGCAUUUAAAAAAAACUUCAGAUCACUUUGUUUCUCUAAACUAAUGGGUUCCUCCAGAAAAAAAUCACGGGUUUAUUUUUUGGAAAAAGAGGCUUUUGCUCUGGUUUCUUGAGUAUUUUAGAGAUGAUCUGUUCAUUUGGAAAGUGUAUGUAAAGCUAUACAUGUAACCCAAAUGUUGUAUAACCAACUGUAAGAUUAGGCGGAGUGAUUUAAACCUCACAAUAUAAUAUCAAAUAUAAUAAUAAAUGUGCAUUGUACAAUGAGUGCUUUGACGCAGCUUGACUUUCUGAAGUGCUAUUAAACUGCUCAAUACAAUCCUCA